AAUUUGGGACGAUGGACCGUUAAAACACUUUAUGCACUGUACACUAUACACUGUAUAUAUGAACUGUUACAUUCUACUGUACUGGAUGGACUAUUGGUAGGCAAACGCCUCAUGAUCAGACAGUUUGGACUGCUCUUUGUGAGAAAAUCUCCCCACAGAGUUGAACUGUGCAAUAUUUUAGGGUGGCUGAAUGCAGUCAACCCUCUGUGUUUAAAAGACUGAGUGCAAAGACUUUCUUCAAUAUGACGCUUGACAGUCUGUUCUCCCGAGGUCCGUGAACGCAGCACCUGCGCGUGCGACCGUUUACGGCCCUGAUGCCACAGCGUCCUUUAAAUUGUACACUGCGUGGACCACUGAUUGGUUACAGGCACGCGACCACCCUGAGCAUUGUGGGCAGUGUGGUCCAACCCUGUGCAGACUUUCAUGGACGCCAUUCGGACAGCACGAAAUCUGCUCCGGACACUUGGUGAAAUCGUUACUAUUGCUUUUGUCACAAGCCAGCCUGAAGAAGGUUCGGUUAGAACCGAAACGUCGCGACUUUGGCUUGUAUUAUAUGUAUAUAGUUCAUUUUUGUAUUGAUUUAUCAACUUUGAGCAACAAUAAACCGCUCAGUGAUCAAAAUCAGUAUACGAGUUAUCCGUUAGCAUAGAGCCGCCUAGCAUCACCCACACGGUCGAGUGGGACCAGUGGAGAGAGCUAAAGGUAUUAGUGGACGCAUAACCAUGCCCACAUAUGCUACGGAUGGAGAGUGGACCCUCGUUCGGCGACGCAGGGGCCGGAGAGGGGACCGCGACUGGAGAGCUGAGGAGAUCGCACGCAGACCACCUCGCCGAAGCAGCUAUCCAUCUCGAGAGGGUCGGAGGACCUACACGGCGAUCAGGAGAGAUGAUCACCGCAGCGGUGAGUCAGACUUUUUCCACGCACCACAGCGGAAUCGGGGGAGAAACCAGCCGGCAGCAGACCGCUAUGCAGCCCGCCAGGAGAGCUGGAGAGGAGAUCGCGGCUGGGGAGCUGACGAGGACGCACGCCGACCACCUCGGCGCAGCAGCCAUCCAUCUCGAGAAGGUCGGAGGACCUAUGCGGCGGUCGUGAGAGAGGAACACCGCAACGGUCAGCCAGGCUUUUUCCACGCACCACAGCGGAACCGGGGGAGGGACCGUCCGGCACCGGACCGCUAUGCAGCCCGCCAGGAGAGCUGGAGAGGAGACCGCGGCUGGAGAGCUGAGGAGGACGUACGCCGACCACCUCGACGCAGCAGCUACCCAUCUCGAGAAGGUCGGAGGACCUAUGCGGCGGCCGUGGGAGAGGAUCACCGCAGCGACGAGCCGGACUUUUUCCACGCACCACAGCGGAGCCGGAGGGGAGAACAGCCGGCGACAGACCGCUAUGCAGCCCGGCAAGGAAGUCGGACCGGACGGGACCGACGAUUCGAACGGAGAACGGCUCGGGACAAUCGGUAUGUGAGACGCACUCGCGCUGAGCGAGCUGGACCUCCUGUUAACAAAAUAAUUUCAGAUGAUCCGGACUUUUCUAAAAAGGUCCGCAUUAUUCACAGACUUAUUAAGACAGUACAUCAUUUGAAAAAUGUGACUAGUGACACUUAUCCUCCUUCUUUAAACAAAAUAGCACACAAUUUAAAGACUGUUAUUAAACCGGCCGUCCCUACCAAACACACACAAAAUAAGAUUGAGGAGAACGCUAAAAACUGGGCCCGUACAACCAUGGUGAUCCUCCGGCAACAUUACACUCAGAGCGUAGAGGAGGAAUUAAAGGCUCUCUCUGAGUGUUCUAAACAGGACUGGGAGGGCCCGUUCGAGAUAGCAACAUCCUGGGCCAAGAGGAACCUGGGCCGCCGCCUCCAACCUGACUCUCUGGAACAGGCCAGAGCUGAGAUCGUGGCCAAACUGGGGGACCUGGGGACUGCCACUUCAACAGAGGAGGGCCCACCUGCACCCCGCACAACAUCCAAAACAACGACGGCAACGAUGACGGACCACGUCGCUGGAGACUGGUCACCUUCUUCUGAGAUGGAGCAGGAGCAAGAGAGGGAUCUGACACCUUCCUCCCCUCCAGAAUCUUCACAACCAGCAGAGCCCAAUCUGGCCACACCGAAGGAGCAGAGGGUGUUGAGAUUCGCCGCCUCGAUCCCAGAGACGCCAUCCCAGGAACGGCCAUGCUCUCCCUCCACCCAACCACCACAAUCUGGUGAAAUGAUGGACACUGAGGGACUGGACCUCACACAGGGGGAAGUCACCCCCAAAAAGACAAAGCGGGUUAACACUUUAACAGUGGCUAAACCGCAACCAGUGUCUCACCCGGGACCAUCUCGCAGCGGCUUAGACAGACUCACUUCCUGUGUGCAAACCCGGCUUCAGCUUCAAGCAGCAGAGGAAGAAUCAUCUUCUUCAUCAUCUCUUCCUCCUUCACCAGCCUCACCGGGACAGCAGGUGCGGACGCCGACCAGACAUCCCAACACACACAGGAAAUUGAGAGACUGGCACCUGCAUGUGAAAGAGCCCUGGCUCGUCGUCGGCGAUUCUAAUGUUAGCAGACUGCCCCCCUUUGCAGCUGACAGUUUGCAGAUCGAUGGCUUCCCGGGAGCCAAAUGGUGGCAUGCAGAGUACCUCCUGGAGAAAGCCACUAUUGCUACACCGGUGACAAAACUAAUCCUGUCUUUUGGCAUUAAUAACAGGUCCCAGAGAGACAAGAAUAUGCCAGUGGUGGAACUGAAAAGGGCCCUGAAAGUAGCCCGGCAGAAGUUCCCUGAGGCUAACAUUUAUGUGCCUGAGAUUAACUUUUCUUCUGCUCUUCCUCAGGUGGAAAAGGACACUUUGAUGUACUUGAACACUUUCAUUACAGGACUAAAGGAUCACAUUCCAGCCCUCACCUCAGACAUUUUCACUACAGAGGAGGAUGACAUUCACUGGUCAUAUGGAACCUCAGAGGCAAUGUUACAACACUGGGAGAUGUAUGUAAAUGGGGAGUCCCCAUAAGCCUGACACAUCGGGAGGGGUCAAGUGAUUUACAUGUUGUUGAUGGUGUUAUGAACUUGUCUAAAAAAUUCCAUCCUUCCACUGCUCAGCGGAGCCUACUGAAUAGAGGCCUGACUUUUAUCCCCACAAAGGGCUACAACAAAAAUUUACAAUUACAAUGCAAAUAUGACAUUCAGCAGUACCAUAGGAGGAUCAAAUUGGCUGCCUUUUAUGGGGAUAAAGAGGAGACUCAAUCUCAGCCCUUCACUCCAAAAUCAUACUGGUCCCCGCCCAAUGCUCAGCUCCCACCCCAAAUUCUUACUUUGAUCAAAACAGAUAAUGAAUAUUUUCAAAACCACUUUCAUGUAGACAGAGUUAAACCCAAUUUGACAGUAGAAGAGACAAAAGCUCUAACAGAAUUAAAACAAAACAAGCAAAUUAUUAUAAAACCGGCAGACAAAGGAAGCGCAGUUGUAAUUUUGGACAGGGACCAGUAUUUGGAGGAAGGCUACAGACAAUUAAACGACAAAACAUAUUAUUUAAAAUUAAAAAAACCCAUUUACCACGAAACAAUUCCAAUGGUGGAAAAAAUCAUUAACAACUUACACCAAAAGAAAUUUAUAAACCUAAAACAAAAGAACUAUUUGCUGGGCUCCGCUGAACCAAGGGGAAGGCUCUUUUAUAUGCUGCCUAAGAUCCACAAGGAUCCGGCAAAAUGGAGUGUCCCCUUUCAGGUGCCCCCAGGACGACCAAUCGUCUCAGACUGUGAUAGUGAGACUUACUAUACAGCUGAGUACUUGGAUUAUUUCCUGACUCCUUUAUCCACAAAACAUGCGAGCUAUAUUAAAGAUACAUAUGAUUUUGUGGAUAAAGUGAAGCAAAUAGAAGUCCCCAUUGAUUCUUUUCUGUUUUCCAUAGAUAUUGACAGCCUUUACACAAACAUUGACAUUGGUGAAGGCAUUGACUCCAUUAAGAGAGUCUUUCAAAGAUACCCGGAUAAGAAAAGGCCAGAAAAAGAAUUACUACAACUUUUAGAAAUAAAUCUCACAAGGAACGACUUUGAAUUCAAUGGUGACUUCUAUUUACAAAUCAAGGGGACAGCCAUGGGGAAAAAGUUUGCCCCAGCAUAUGCAAAUAUCUUCAUGGCAGAGUGGGAGACUGCUGCGUUAGAUAAAUGCACCAAGAAGCCUCUGUAUUAUUAUCGCUUCCUGGAUGACAUAUGGGGUGUCUGGCCACAUUCUGAGCAGGAUUUUGAGAUGUUUCUUAAGACCUUAAAUGACCACAAUGCCUCUAUUAAGCUUAAGUCGACCAUUAGUAAGACCUCUAUUGAUUUUCUGGACACGACCACCUUCAAGGGCCCAAAUUUCAUUAAUGACCGUAAAUUGGAUAUAAAGGUCUUUUUCAAACCCACGGACACUCAUGCCCUGCUAUUUAAAACCAGCUUUCAUCCUAAACACACAUUUGCGGGAAUAGUCAAAUCCCAACUGUUAAGGUUCCACAAAAUUUGUACACAAAAGUCUGAUU